AUGAAAAACUGCUCCUAUAAUGAAAACCUACGUCGAACACGGGUCACUCACCUUGUAUUCUCAACCAUUGUUGCGAUUCCAACUUUCAUCAUAUAUUGUAUUCUGCUCUAUGUACUGAAUAAGAAGUCAAAUCGUCGGAAGUAUGGAUAUGCCUUCUUUCGUCUAUUCAGUAUCGUUAGUGGAACGUUGGUCUGGUACUUUCCGUACGACAUCCUUGCUUUCCGCACUCCGAAUGCAGGAUUCUGGUGUGAAGAGAUUACCGGUUUAUUCGAAGAGCCUGGUUAUGCGUUAACAGCUCCAUACUCCUUAUUUGUAUAUGCCUAUUUCGUAGCGUUCUAUGCUAAUGCUGCGAUAAGUUGCAACAGAAUGACUUGUGUACUCUUUCCUAUGCAUCAUCGUCAGAUGUGGGAUAGGAAUAUGAAGUAUGUGACGCUCAUCAUAUUCGUUUUACCAAUUGCAACAGUAUGGAAUGUAGCAUUGGGUAAAACCUUCAUUGCUCCAAAUGAAGAAUUGGGCAGUCUUAUGGCUCCCGUCAAGUUACUGCAAAGCAGUUGGCUAUCAACAAGUUUUCUGAUUAUGAUUGUCGCCGUCGGCUGUAGUGGCUUUAUUUUGAUCUGCACAAUUAUAACUUUUUUUGCCCUUGUAGUUCAACGACGACGGGACACCCAUUUCAAUAGCACUGAACAGAAGAAAGCAAUGUCUGCAGAAGUGUCGCUGCUGUUCGUCGGCACAGUGAUGGCGGCGAGCACAUUAUUAGUUGGAGUGUCUUUUGCGUGGUUCUACUUUACCUUGUACGUCGUAAGAGACAGAAACGAUGAUUCACCAAUGUUCUAUCGCUUCAUUGCUACAGACGUGCAAGCUAUAAGUGCACCGUGGUUGUUGGUUCUAGUUUGUAAGCAAGUCCGAGAAGAUGUUCUUACUCUAUUCACUAGAUGGCUACCAUGUUGUGAUCAAAGCCGGUUAUUUGUUCCUGUUAGAGUUACAACACAAAAUGCCUCAUCUCAAAAUUGA